AUGCAAAUUCAUUAUUGUCAGAAACUUGAAUCCCUUGAACUCGAGAAAGUUGAGGCCAUCAUUGAUCUCACAAAAGAUGAGGACUAUAUGCUUUAUAGUGGAGCAAUGCAGGAAGCUGUCACGUCUUUCAUAGAGAGUAUGGGCCCUGGUCCAGAUCCACUUACACUGCAGUCAGAUAUAAUGGCCACACACAAAUUGGAUUGGAACCAAUGGGUCAUUGACAUACUCUUGUCUCUAUCUAUAUAUCUGUGGAGGAGAAGAACCACUGGACCACAAGAGUCGACUUGCAAGGCAACAAUCAAGUUAUUAAUGGUCAAGAUGCCCACUAGAAGUUUGAAACUUGGCAAAAGGUCACUGCUCAGUGAUCAGAAAGUGACAGGAAAAGAUAAUCUAUCUGUGUGGGUGUAUUUGAACUCCAUCAUGGAAACACUGGGUAAAGAUGGGAUGAGCUCUGACAAGAGUGACAUUGAUGACUGUGAAGUUCCAGCUCUUCGGUUGAAAAGUUUGGCAAUCUUCACUCCAAGGGGAAGUAAGCCUGCAAAGCAUAUUCACAACCCUAAGUGGGAGUCUUUACAACCAGCAGUUGCAGCUCUACCUAAAGCAUUCUACAAUCCAUUGUGGUUGAUGGGCGCUGCCAUUCAGGCAGAGUUGAAAUAUUACAGUACAUAUGCUAGCCCAUGA